AGCAGCUUGCUGGGGAAAGGCGGCAGCACCGUGACAUUGAUUGGGCUCUGGUUUGUAGGUCUGACCUCAUUCGUCUUUCAAGACAUUAUCAACCAGAGACACAGAAAGUGCGCACCGUCUGCAGAAGAGGCCUUAUGAGGGCACAGUUUAUUUCUGAAAUGAGAAACGACAAGCCACAAGCGUUGUAGUUUGAAUUCGAAACAAUUUGAAAAUGUGAAAAGAAUUUCAAAGUGGAGGAAGAUUGAAGUUACACAGCACUACCAUCGUUUACGGUGCAAAUACUAGAAAUGGGAAAGAUGCUUACGUGAAGCAUAGCUACAAAACCAAACUUGUUUGACUUUCUCUUACUGUGCAGUGUUUGAAGCUUCGUCCUUUUUAAAGGGCUGUUUGAAACAACGACGCAGUAGUGUGCUGGUGUACACAAACCUUACAUAAGGCCCAGGACGGAGAGACAGGGCAGUUUGUAGAUAUACAAACAAAUCGUUUGACGGUCACGAUCGCAUCAGUUUGGGAAUUAUUUGGGACAGCUUGUUUGCGUUUGCGAUCGUUCGUGGAAUGAAUCCUGUAUUUCGUCAACUUUCCGCAGCUCUAUCGAGUGCCAGCUUGAGAGGUUCCAUUCGGUACGGCAUUGAUGGACAUUCGAAACGGCUUCAGCGUCCCAUCUCCGUAGCCAAAUCAGUCGCUUCCCAGAUCCAUCGAAAUUAUUGCUGUUUUGAAAUGAAACCAAAGGUGUACGUAACCCGCAACGAUUAUGCCAGGAUUGGGCUGGAUCUGUUAAGAGAAGAAUGUGAUAUUUCACUGUGGGACGAAGCUUAUCCUGUGCCGAGAGAUGAAUUCCUCAAAAAUGUGGCGGGAAAAGAUGCAAUCUACUGUUCACUGAACGAUCGCAUCGACAAAGAGUUGCUCGAUCAGGCAGGACCAAAUCUUAAGGUCAUCUCUACCAUCUCAGUUGGCUAUGAUCAUAUCGAUGUGAAGGAAUGCAAACAGCGCGGAAUUCGCGUAGGCUAUACGCCGGAUGUGCUAACGGAUGCAACGGCCGAACUGACGGUUGCCUUGCUACUGGCAACAGCACGUCGACUAUUCGAAGCCAACAAGCAAGUUCACACUGGCGGGUGGAAAUCGUGGUCUCCAAUGUGGAUGUGUGGCAAAGGUGUGAAAGAUUCUACUGUGGGAAUCUUUGGCUUCGGUCGCAUCGGUCAAGAGGUGGCAAAACGUUUAGCACCGUUCAAGCCAUUACGGAUUCAGUUUACAAGCCGCACGGACAAGUUUCUCACGGCGGAAGAUUUGGGCGUAACACAGGUUCCGUUUGAUGAAUUGAUCGAAACGAGUGAUUUCCUUAUCAUUGCCUGUUCGUACAACGUGGAGACGGCCAAUUUGUUCAACGAUGCAGUGUUUUCGCGCAUGAAACCUUCGGCAAUCUUAAUUAACACUAGCCGAGGUGGAGUGGUUGAGCAGCACGAUCUGAUUCAUGCUUUACGUGCGGGUAAAAUACAGGCAGCUGGAUUGGACGUUACCACACCGGAACCACUUCCUCUGGAUAACCCUCUCCUAACGCUUCCGAACGUUGUGGUAUUGCCUCACAUUGGCAGUGCCGACAUUGAAACUCGUAUUGAAAUGUCGCGCAUUACAGCAUGCAAUAUCUUGGCCGGACUGAAGGGUGUAAAAAUGCUUUCGGAAGUGUAGUAUUGCAUCCCGGAUGCUGGAGAGCAAACUACUGUUACUUUGCGUUGUUCCGAAAUAAAAUGACCAUAUUUACCGAAUUUCA